AUGUCACAAUCUAGCAGUAACUCACAGGAGGAUACGAGUGGUGGUCCGCCAACCGCGGCUGCCAAUUCUGGCAGCCACCCGGUUUAUCGUGGGGUGAGGCGUAGAAAAAGUAGUGGAAAGUGGGUAUCUGAAAUCCGGGAGCCGAGGACACCUAAUAGAAUAUGGCUUGGUUCUUAUCCUACCCCAGAAAUGGCUGCGGUGGCCUAUGAUGUGGCGGCGCUUGCUCUCAAAGGUAAAGAAGCUGAGCUUAACUUUCCAAACUCAGCUUCCUCUUUGCCUGUCCCGGCCUCCACCUCGCCGCAGGACAUUGCGGCAUCUGCUGCUAGUGCAGCCGCGGCAGCAGGUGCGGCGGCGGAUGCUAUUGGGAGUGUGGAAAAUCCAGCGCUGUCACCCGAAAAUUUGGAAGUAAAUGAGUUCAUCGACGAGGAUUUGAUCUUUGAUAUGCCUAAUGUUCUUAAGAACAUGGCUGAAGGAAUGCUUAUUAGCCCUCCGCGCCAUGACCUUGCUGGUGAAGACACACCUGCUGAUGAAAAUAUACAAGAUGACAAUUUGUGGAAUUAUCCCUAA